AUGGGAACAGAAGCGGCUCUUCUCAACCUUUCAGAGACAAGUGAGGACAAGCAACUUCCAGAAAGAGAAGAAGCACAACAAGACGUCCUAAGUUCGUGGACGAAGGAGUUGGUGAGGAGCAAGCUGCCAGGAAGAGAUAGGAAGACGUCAUGGACUACGAGAGGUACCUCUGCCAACUAUUACAUGAAGCCAGCGAGACACCUCAAGAAAUCGAAGAAUCAAGUCUCCAACAAAAAGAAAAGGCUACCGAAAGAGUGGAAACUGUCAUCGAUCAAGCUGAAGAGGAUGCGAGGAGAGUGCAGAUUGUCCGUAAAUAGAGGCAUCAGGAGCCAGCCGACGCUUAAAAUCGUGAACAGACCAAGACAAGCACAAGAAGAAAUACAAGCGUUGCAGAAUCAGAUACAAUAUUUGGAAGCUCAUAUACAAGCAGGAGGAAAAUCGAGCACGGGUAGAAGAAAUCCACGAAAUGGAAAGGACGAUACAAGUACUCCCGCCGCUAAAUGCAUGAUGCCUCCGAAAGAACCCAGCCAAAUGUCACGUGCGCCUUCUGCGGGGCACAGAAUCGACACUAUUCAGAUUCCUGCUAUGUAG